UACGAGUCAAAAUCAAUAUGGCCGAUUUUUACCGGUCAGUUUUUGUGUUUUGAUAGUAUUAAUAUAUUGCAUGAGAAGUUAGAAAGGAGCAUUGUCAUUUGUUCAUAAAUAAUUAAUUUUAGCAUAUUUUGAUUUAAUCCAUAACUAUGGAAGCACUAAUACCAGUUAUCAACAAAUUACAAGACGUUUUCAAUACUGUUGGAGCUGAUGCCAUUCAAUUACCUCAGAUUGUCGUGUUGGGAACCCAGAGCUCUGGUAAGAGUUCCGUUAUAGAAAGUCUUGUUGGAAAAUCCUUCUUGCCUCGGGGACCUGGAAUUGUAACGCGUCGUCCUCUUAUUCUUCAAUUAGUAUACAGUCCAAAAGACAGCAAGGAACAUCGGUCAGCUGAAGAAGUAAUUAGAAGCCAGGAGUCUGGGACAGAAUCGUGGAACCCAAUUACUCAACUAUCUAAAUCAGUUUUUUCGUCAGGUACAAUCAAUUUGGAAGAAUGGGGCAAAUUUCUACAUACGAAGGAAAGAAUUUACACAGAUUUCGAUCAAAUAAGAGAAGAAAUAGAAAGAGAGACAGAUCGCAUGGCCGGAAGCAACAAGGGCAUUUGUCCAGAACCGAUCAAUUUAAAGAUAUAUUCAACCAAAGUUGUGAAUCUUACACUAGUAGACCUUCCUGGCAUCACAAAGGUACCCAUAGGUGACCAACCAGAAGAUAUUGAGAAUCAAAUCAGAAAUCUUAUAAUUAAACACAUAGCUAAUCCAAAUUCAAUAAUACUUGCUGUAACAGCUGCAAAUACUGAUAUGGCUACAAGUGAGGCUAUAAAAAUGGCCAAAGAAGUUGAUCCCGAUGGCAGGAGAACUUUAGCUGUGGUUACUAAGUUAGACUUGAUGGAUGCAGGAACUGAUGCUAUAGACAUUCUGUGCGGUCGUGUGAUACCAGUGAAACUGGGAAUUAUUGGUGUUGUCAAUAGAUCACAGCAAGAUAUCAUUGAUAAGAAAACUAUUACGGAUGCAUUAAAAGAUGAAGCAACAUACCUCCAAAGAAAGUAUCCUACUAUAGCGACUCGCAAUGGCACGCCAUAUUUGGCGAAGACCUUAAAUAGGCUCUUAAUGCACCAUAUACGGGACUGUUUACCGGAACUGAAGGUUAGAGUAAAUGUUAUGAUAUCUCAAUUCCAAUCUCUCCUAAACUCAUAUGGGGAGGAUGUAUCAGACAAGUCCCAGACUCUGUUACAAAUAAUCACCAAGUUUGCGAGUGCAUAUUGCUCCACUAUUGAGGGUACUGCAAGAAACAUAGAAACGACUGAAUUGUGUGGUGGUGCUAGAAUAUGCUAUAUUUUCCAUGAAACUUUCGGACGCACUUUGGAUUCUAUACAUCCCUUAGUUGGAUUAUCUCGUAUGGAUAUACUAACUGCGAUACGUAACGCGACUGGCCCCAGACCGGCGCUGUUUGUACCUGAAGUGUCCUUUGAAUUGCUAGUCAAGAGGCAGAUAAGGAGAUUAGAAGAUCCAUCUUUGCGUUGUGUUGAAUUGGUGCACGAGGAGAUGCAGCGCAUUGUGCAGCACUGCGGCACGGAGGUGCAGCAGGAGAUGCUGCGGUUCCCGCGCCUGCACCAGCGCAUCGUGGACGUCGUCACGCAGCUGCUGCGCACGCGCCUGCCCGCCACCAACUCUAUGGUGGAGAACCUGGUGGCCAUCGAGCUCGCGUACAUAAACACGAAGCACCCGGACUUCCACCGCGAGGCGGCGCUGGUGUCGGGGCUGCUCAAGAGCACGGACGGGCUGGACGAGCGCCGCCCGCUUCGCCCCGCGCCCUCGCCGGUACACAACAUCGUUAAACAAGUGCCCGCGAUCACUGACGGCCAAGAAAACAGGUCGCCUCAGUCGCACGGCGGAUCGCCUAACACGCCGCAGAUGAACGGCAGCCCCGAGAACAAAGCUCUAACACCACAAAAGCCUGUGAAUUUGCUACCGGAAGUGCCGAGCCAGACUUCGCGAAAACUCUCCGAUAGGGAGCAGCAUGAUUGCGAUGUUAUUGGUGGACGGAGCGAGAAUGGAACUUGUCAAAAAGCUAAUCAAAAGACAAUAGACGGGAUCAGUAUGAUGCAUUUGAAUCAUAUGGGUGAUUUAGUCGAAAAACUGAUCAAGUCGUACUUCUACAUAGUGCGCAAGUCGAUACAAGACUCGGUGCCAAAGGCGGUGAUGCACUUCCUCGUGAACUACGUGAAGGACAACCUGCAGUCGGAGCUGGUCACGCACCUGUACAAGUCGGACCAGGCCGAGAGUCUGCUCAACGAGUCCGAGCACAUCGCGCAGAGGAGGAAGGAAGCUGCGGAUAUGCUCAAGGCUCUGCAACGCGCCGGACAAAUUAUAAGCGAGAUCCGAGAGACACACAUGUGGUGAUGCUCCUCGCAAGACGACUCUAGUCUGUGAAUUAGUGAAUUUGAACUGUACAUACUCCUAUAGCGUAGGCGAAUUAUGUGCAUUAGGCUUUAUUUACUUAUUACCCUUUGGUUCCAACGUAUUUCUAAAGACAUGGGCGCAUGCGAACUUGAAAUAUGAAUCAUAAAGCAAUCUAUCCUAAUAUAACGAUUCAAUGAUUAAAAUAUUAUUUCCAUAUAACAUAAAGAAUAUAAAGUAAACAGAUUAUUAAAAAAAAUAUAUGGUGCAGUUUGCUCAUAGAAUUAAAUAAAAUCAAACAUACAUACUCUAGAAAUCGAUGUUCGAGUUUGUAAGCGCCUUUUGAUACAUGACAGUUAUUUGGAAAUUCGUUAGGAAAAUAGGAACGAAGCUAUAAAUAUGAAUUAGCUGUUACACUUGAUUCUUAUUUCAUUUAUGGAAUAGUUUGCGUUACGUUUUUAGAUGAGAGUUGAGAAAAUGGAUUUUAGUUUUUUUUUUAUUUUGUUUUUGCAUUCAUUUUACUAGCGCGGUGUCUGCACUCGUCAUAUAAACAAUUGUAGUUAGUAACAGACAGUAAUGUAUUAACGAUUUGUUAUUCUGAUUUAUAUAAAUUAUAAUGACGUUUUUUAGAAAUCAGUCCAAUUAAAGCAAUAUCUAUAUUAUUUUAGUAACUAAAUGAAAUCUUAAACAGGACUGGUCCUUUCAUCAAUUGUUUUCUCAAUGUGCACAAACAACAUAGUUACUUCAGUUACCAUUUCGCUUGUAGUGUAUUUUAAAUGCUCUUAAGGUAAUUAAUGUAUCAAGUGUAACUUUACAAUGUAGUGAAAAACAGUGAUAUUAUUUAGGAUUCUUUUGCCCCUUCCAAAGCGGUAGAUUUUUUUGGGUAUUUUUUUUUACUUGGAUGCUCGGUUAAUGAAAUUGUAUUAACUGUUCGAUUGUUGUGUUUGUUCUUAAAAUUAUGAGUGAAUUAUAAAUUUAUUGCAAACAGGGCUCUUGGUAUUUGUAGAGUAGAUACUCGUUUUGUCUUUCAAAUAUUGGCUAUUUUAGACUAGGGAUAAAGCUUUUACAGUAUGUUUUAAUAAUAAUGGAGUUCCUCUAUAUAUAUUGCAUGUUUUGAAGUCAUACUUGUGUCAUUGUCGAAACGAAAGGUAUUUACGGUAUUGCAAAUAUAAUUUUUAUCUUCAAUUUAGAUUAGUAUUCCAAUGUUAUGCGAUAUAUUUGUUGUUAUAGUCCGCAGUGUGAUGUGCUAUGUGUACCGAAACCAAUUGAAUGUUACGCAACGUAAGAUUGUAUUUAAAAGUCUGUUAUAAAUUUAAUAGAAUAUUGUCACCUUUA